AAUUCCACGUUGUAAAACAAAUCUAAAGUCCAGCAAGCUGCCUUGGAUCACAGUCAGGGAACAGAGAUGGUGUAAUAUAAAGGCAACCUAUGGCAUCGGCAUCAAUAUCUCAUCCAGACAUUGAGGAUCCGGAUUUACACCGCUUAAUUAUUAUCUUGAUUCAUCCACUGACUCAACAUGUUGGUGAAAGUGACAGCGCUGGCACUUGUCUUGUGUGCAAUCACAGGAUCUCAGGCUGAAGUCAGCACUGACAAGGUGGUUGAUGCCUUCUGGAAUUACUACAGCCAGCUGUCCAGCGGCACUAAGGACACCGUGGAGCAGAUUCAGCAGUCUGACAUCAGCAAGCAGCUAAAUUCUCUAAUUGAGGAAAACCUGAAGAGCGUAAACCUUUAUGCAGGAGAACUGCAGCAACAGUUGGUUCCCUUUGCACAGCAGAUUCAAAAGCAACUGACACAGGACUCAGACAAGCUGAGAGAACAGAUCAGGCAGGAGCUGGAGCAGCUGAGGGUAAAGCUGUCCCCGUACGCAGAUGAGGUGCACAAGCAGCUGAGCAGGAAUGUAGAGGAGCUUCAGAUAAAAGUGGCUCCAUAUGCAGAGGAGCUUCGCACCCAACUGGACAAAAACAUUCAGGCGGUCAGCCAGCAGCUUAAGUCUGUAACUAAGGACCUGGAAGACAAUAUCCGAGAGAAUGCAGACCAGAUACAGGUGUCACUGGUCCCAUACUAUCAAGAACUGGGGGUCACAAUAGACAACAAUGUGGAGCAGCUGAGGAAGCAGCUAAAACCCAUCACUAAUAAAAUGAAAGAUGAUAUAGAUCAACAGUUACAAGAGCUCUCUAAAAGCCUGGCCCCCUAUGCUGAGGAUAUGCAGGAUGCACUACGCAAACAGAUGAGGAACGUGGACAUCCAGAUGAGGAAGAAGGUAGACCAGAUGGAAAGCCAAAUCCUGGACUUCACAGUACAGCUGAAAGGGCAACUCUACCCAUAUGCAGACCAACUAAGAGACAAGCUCAAUGGAGAUAUGACAGGUGUCAGAGAGAAACUGGAGCCCUACCUGACCAAGAUGAACCAGCAGAUGGACCAGAAGAUUGCAGAGUUCAAAGACACAAUUGUCCCCUAUGCAGAUGGCCUGAACAAGGAACUUGUGCAGAGAGUGGAGGACAUGAAGAGGGAACUGAGCCAGUAUACUGUCAGCAUGCAGGAUCAGAUGGAUGUUUUGGAGCAAGAUGUCCGAGACAAGAUCCAAGAUUUCAUCAAUAGGGGAAUUUCCACUGAGAACUGAGUCUUCAUCACACUGACUUAUGCCUGCUGAACAAGUCACUUAAUGUAAUUUAUAGCAUAACAUAUACUGGAAGCUUGCUAGUGUAUAAGAAAAUAACACAACUUCUUGUUGUGACUUUAUUUCCUCUACUAAGUAGGUCCAAGGAUGGGUAGGUUAGAUUUUCAUUAGUGUUUUAUAAUAAGUAUUAUCUCCUGGGUGAAAUAACAUCUGCUCAUACUGUCAGUGUUUCUCCAGAGGUUAUUGGACUAUAACUGACAAUAUUCUUGUAAUGAUAUUGGAUACAAGAUGUCUGCUUGUCAUUUAACAGAACGAAAACAGCCAAGUACUGCACUGUAUUGGGGAAUUACUGAAUGGUGUCUGGUCUUACCCCUUCAGCCAUAUAAGUGUAAAACCUGUGUGUGCAUUUCUUGAAUUAUGUUAAUAAAAUGCAACUCAGCAAUG